AUGGGGGUUAGAGGCUUGGACUCCUUCUUAAAAAGUCAGGAUGGGAUUUAUGAAAAUCUCCAGUUUAGAAGCAGCCGACUGGUGAUCGAUGGCUGCAGCCUGACCUACCAGCUGUACUUCAGCUCAGGUCUGGACCAGAAUCAUGGUGGGGAGUAUGCCGCCUAUGAGAACCUGAUUGAGAGAUUCAUCACAGCUCUCAGAACCUGUAAAAUCUCUCCGUUUGUGGUUCUAGAUGGAGGUUCUGUUAUUUCGAAGGCGAAAACUGCAGUAAAGAGAGCCAAAAACCGAAUCCACAAAAGCAACAGAGCAAGCAUGAGUGGGGAACACAAAGACAUCCUCCCCAAGCUGGCAGACAUAGUCUUCAGACAGAAGUUGGCCCAACUACAGGUUCCGGUGGCCCAGUCCAUCAGCGAGUCUGACCAGGAGAUAGCUGCCCUGGCAGCGGAAUGGGAGUGCCCAGCGCUGUCUAAUGACAGUGACUUCUAUAUUGUUGACUUACCAAAGGGAUUCCUGCCUUUCUCUGAUUUCCAGUGGAAACAGAACGGUUCUCUGAGCUUCAUCCCCUGUAGGAGGUACAAGUCCUCCACGUUCUGUCGCUUGUUUAGACUCCAGCCCCAGUUCCUGCCUACCUUUGCUGCCUUGGCUGGUAACGACUACAUAGAGUGGGAAGAGAUCAACUGGGAUCAAUUUGUCCCACCUGGCACAGAGCCCCACGGUCGUCUCAGAGGGCUGCUUCACUGGCUGAAGAGGUACCAGGAACCAGAGGAAGCCUUGGAGGCAGCUCUGGACCUGAUGGGAGAACCGAACGAGAAAAAAGAGGAGGUCCUCCAAAGACUACAUCUGGGGAUGAAGGCCUAUCAGCUGCGACCGAGUGCUCUGAGCAGGUUCUUCCUUCAUAAAGAGCUGCCUGAGUUUCCAGCACAGGUAGCGCAUCGCGUUCCAAAAUGGAUGCUACUCGCCCUGGCCCAAGUCUGUCUCAGUCGAUUUAUUCUGGACAAAAUGCUCAAGACAUUUGGAGAGGCUGUAAAACAAGCUAUGAUGGAACCGGGUGGAACCAGCAACCCUGAUUGUCGUUCCCAAGAACCGCCUCUUCCUUCUGCUCAGGCAGUGGACCGUGGUGCUGGUGUGAAUGAGAUCUCCAGACCGAUCCGACAGGUGAUGUACGGGCUUCUGUUCGGGGGAAAGAAGUUAGUUCACGUGGAGGAGUUUGACAAAAACGAAGACAAUGAGCUGAUAUCCAUCGAAGUAAAACCAGAAUUCACCAAAACCAGUAAAAGGCUCCACCUUGAAACCUUGCCCGAGGCAGAGCUCUCGGACCGUCUGCAGGUCUUACUGGAAACUCUGGGAGUGACCGAGGAGUCUCUGAGCCUUCUGCCACCUGAGCUGAAGCUCCAAGCAGCCGUCACCUGUUACUGGUUUCGGAAAGCUCAGCCUACUCCAGACUUCACAGAGCUAGAUGCGCUACUGCUGGGAAUGUGCAUCAAGAACACACCUACAUCCACAGCAGCCUUGAAAACAGAAAAGAGCCAGAAACUGGAGCAGAAUGUGGUUCCCGCCUUCAAGCAAUGGCAGACUUGUCUGCAGGACAGCAUCCAUCUGAACCAGCUGCUGUGCUUCCCUCUGGAUGAACCAGAUGUUGCACGGUUGUACCAGGGGAAACUGGUCCACCAGCUGCUCCACAGCAUGAGGUCCGGUGGAAAACCGAAGACCUUCCUGAAGGGUGACGGGUCCAGUGAGAAGCUGUACUGCUCCAUGCUCUCCAUGGUCCUCCAGCACCAGGGUCAGAAGGGCCAAGGUGCGGCGACCCGUCAGCAGCAGAGUCUGAAGGACCUGAGCACCAACGUCCAGCUGCUGUCCCUGCAGGACGACGAGACGGAAAAAGAAGUUCAAGCAGCCGCUGCAGCAGCGCAGCGGGAGCUGGAUGAGCAGCAGCUUCAGCUGAGACCCCGACACAGAACCAAGGAGAGGAGCAACAGGUGUAAGAAUCCAGAACUGGCCCGUAAAAAGGACUGUCGGGGCUGGGACCUCCUCUGAUGGAUGCUGCUUCCAUCUGAACGUUGCUGAGAUCUUUGCCAGAACCUUUCAUUCUGCUGAAGGUUCUACAGGGGGAUCGGAUGGGUUCUCAUAAAUGUUCAGAGUUCUGAGGGCUGAUAGCUUCUCCUGCUCAUGUCUUCUUCUGUUGAGAUUUCAUCAGUUUUUGGCUUCAUUCAAUCUGAAUAAAAGUUUUUUAUC